AUGAAAAGUCACGAUUUGAAUCAUGAUUCUUCUUCAGUUGUUGCUGCUACCACAGAGAAUAUUCUUCUCAGUGACCAAUCUCGUUUAGCAACUUUGGAUGAUGAAUAUCAAAGCAACGAGAAAGAUACCAAAAGCUCGUUUGAAAACAAUGAGAGAGAAGAAAUGGAUUUUGAAAAACAUUUGACUGAAGCCAUCUCGGAGCAGAAUAAUCAUUCCAGUAGCCAUCAACAACAAGACACAUCUUCAUCGUCUUCGGAAUGGAAACAGCAGCCACAUGAAGAGUCCACCAAUAACCAUCAAACAUCAAGUCAGACAUAUGACAGCAAAGCCUCCGUCUCCUCUUCAAAUCCCUCCGACUCUCCAUCCUAUUCAACCACCUACAUCCUCUACCUGUACGAAAAGAUUCAUCAACGUUUCUUCGUUCCCUUCCUCUUCAUCGUUGUUUACUUGUAUUUGUGUAUAUACGCAACAGAUUAUCACUUUUCAAUGGCAUUUAUUUGUUUAUCUUUGAUGGCCAUUAAUUUACCCAUAUUUAGAGACGCACUACAAUCGACAGUCGUGGACAAAUUGAUACAAAUGUUGGUUUUAAAGAGUGGAGCGACUCUUCAUUUUCCACAACCACUCACAGAAUUUCAAACCUAUUCGAAAGAUGAUGCAACUUCCAAUCAUCCAACACACAAGAAUGGAAAUAGUAAUACAAACACUGCGAAUCCAACGAAUAUCAGUACUGAAACACAAGAGACCACAACUAAUGUUCAGAACUCGUCAGAUAUUUCCACUCGCCAACAAACACAUGAAAAACUUCCACAACGAAUAUAUGCCUACAAAUUGGUCAUUCUCAUCAACAUUGUUCUUCAUUUCCUUCGAUUGCAUUUCGCCAAUCGAGAUCCUACCAUGGCUUGGAUGUGUAUUGGAUUUUUAGCAAGUACCAUUCACAAUUUGUCAAGUUUCAUUUUGCAUAAUUCUAUUGCAACGGGUGAGGAUGGAUUAAGCACUGCAUUGUGGAGUAUUUUACCACUGAAUGUAUUAUCGGUAGGAACAAGUGUGAUAUUGGCCAUUCAGUACGCAAGAUAUUCUGAAGCAUUUGGAGUGUUGGCCAUGUUGACAAUAUUUAAUUUGGUAUUUAACACAACGUCGUUUAAAUUGAUCGAAAAGUUGAAUGUGAUGAAUAUUAUGACGAGUAGAUUGAGAGAGGCGAACAAGUCGAAGAAUGCAUUGGUGAGCUCGAUUUCACAUGAAUUUAGAUCGCCUUUGAUGAGUAUUUCUGGAUGCAUUGAACUCCUACUCGACACUCCACUCUCUCAAGAUCAACUCAACUAUUUAAAAACCAUAGGGUGUUGCUCCUCCAUUUUACUUACACUCAUUGAAGACAUUUUACAAUAUUCAAAAUUGGAAAAAGGAAGUUUCGAAGUAUUUGCUUUACAUUUAUCCGGCGACUCUUCAUCACGUCACCAGCAUGAUCAACAACAUUCAUCAGCUCCAACACAAUCAUCGAACUCGGAGCAACAUCAUUCCAUGUUGACAGCUGCUGCUUCUAAUACCAUUUUUUCUCUCGAGGAAUGUUUGGAACAUGUCGUAUCCAUUGUUUCGACCUAUGCUCAAAAUUUUUCAGUUUCCAUUCAAAUGAGCACGAGUUCAUCAUUACCAACGUUGGUCUAUGGAGAAUCCGUACGAUUGCAACAAAUUCUCAUUAACUUGCUUACGAAUGCUGUGAAGGCCUCAUCACCAAAUUCAACGGUCAUGUUAAAAGUUGAAACAAGAGAUGACCAUGGCGAUUCAUUAUCUGAGAGUUCUCGAAAUGCCAAGCAAGCGCAAUGGUCAAAUGAAAGUGCAAAUUUGAUCGAAACCGUCGUUUUUAAAGUGAUUGACCAUGGAAAAGGAAUUCCCAAAGAUAUUCAACAUAAUCUUUUCAAACCUUACUUUUCACAAUUUUUAGAAGAUGGACUGAACAGUCACAACAAUAACAGCAACAUCAAUUCUGGAAUGAUUGCAGCAACAUCCACAGGACUUGGCCUAACUAUUGCUCGUAAAAUUGUCGCCACUAAUUUUAAUGGCGAGUUAACAUUUGAGUCAAAUGCCAUUCCACCCAAUACUGGAACAACAUUUAUCGUGACCAUUCCUUUUCGAAUUCCAGACAAGAAAAAGAAGAAUUCUCUCAAAUAUAUCGAAGACUUGCUAAAGAAUCAAAACUUUCCCACUCAAAUUCUCUCCGCCACCACUGAUGAGCAUCAUUCCAACAAGGAAAUUCAAAGAAGUCACUUGUUACAUAAGGAAUUAUUUAAAAUCAAGCCAACAACCAAUGCUAGCUCACCAACAUCCACACCUCCUUCUCCUACUAUAGCCACUUUCCAUCAAAACAACAACAACAACACCACAAGAAUCUCAUCUCCAACCAUGAACAAUAACUCUCCUACUGAAAUCACUCCUCUUUCCUCAAACCCAGGAAAUGACCUCAUGGACGUCUCUCAAUACAAUAUUUUACUUGCGGAGGACAAUCCUAUCAAUUUAUCUGUCCUUAAACGUCUCCUUGAGAAGGGUGGUUUUAAAAACAUUACCACUUCCUCCAACGGAUUGGAAUUAAUCAAUGCCUUUCAACAAAAAUUUUAUCAUCUAGUCAUUACUGAUUAUCACAUGCCUGAAAUGAAUGGAUUAGAAGCAGCUCAUAUCAUUCGAGGAAUGAAUCAUGGAAAUGAUACUAAAAUUAUUAUACUAACAGCAGAUGCCUUACUGGAGAAACAUGAAUUUAUGGACUCGAUCGAUUUUUCCUUGAAUAAGCCCAUUUCAUCUGAGAAUUUGAAUAAGGCAGUGGUGUCAGCACUCAUGUCCACCAAUGACAUAUCAUUUGAGGAAAACCACUGA